AUGGAUUUUGUAGCAAGAUAUCAUGCAUGAUAUGGAUGUACAUUCAUUCAUGCAUAUCGUAUUACCUACAGCUGAAAAUACCCAAUAUUUGAUGACCAAACAAGUGGCCCAGAGGUGCAAAGACUCCACUAUAAAACCAUGGUGAUAGGCAUGGUUAACAUGCACACUAACUCAAACCCCAAAUAUGGCUUCUCUUCCUUCUCCGGUCGCCGCCGCCGCUGCCGGCAUCACCACCCCUUACUCUUCUUCUUUCGCCACCGUCUCCUCUUGGCCAUUGCUCUCAAAGAAAUGUUCAAUCAAGUCAGCAAAGCAAACCCAUCGUUAUGGAGUCAGAUGCAAUGCUGCAGAUUCUGAUGAUCAAAAGCCUAUCAUUGAAUCCCUUAACAGCCUUGAUCGUCGGAAUGUUCUUCUUGGUCUUGGUGGGAUUGCCGGUGCCGUCAACUUGACAUCCAUUCCGUCUGUCGGAGCUGCGCCGCUGGUCGCACCGGAUAUUUCGAAAUGUGGGACGAAUCCUCUUUCUGGUUUUAAAGCCGGAGCUGACACUCCUGAAGGAAGCGACUGUUGUCCGCCGGACUCGAGCCAGAUCAUGGACUUCCAGUUCCCGAAGGAGGAGGUCUUUCGGGUCAGACCAGCUGCCCAUUUGCUAAGCCCGUCGUACAUUGCUAAGUUCAACUUAGCCAUUAAGCGCAUGAAAGAACUUCCGGCCGAUGAUCCUCGCAACUUUUUGCAGCAAGCACAUAUUCACUGUGCUUACUGUAACGGUGCUUACACUCAAUCGUCGAGUGGCUUCCCGGAUGUUGAAAUUCAGAUCCAUAACUCGUGGCUGUUCUUCCCAUUCCACCGUUGGUAUCUGUACUUUUACGAGAGAAUCUUGGGUAGUUUGAUCGAUGAUCCGACUUUCGGGUUGCCGUUCUGGAACUGGGACACCCCUGCCGGAAUGAAGAUUCCUAGUUACUUCAACGAAUCGAGUUCCGCCCUCUUUGAUUCCAAAAGGAACCAAGAUAACCUCACGGCAGUCGUCGAUCUGGGAUACAACGGCCAACCAUCCACAUUGAGCGACUUAGACAAGGUGACUAACAAUCUUGCUAUCAUGUAUAAACAAGUUGUGACCAAUGCCACCGACCCAUUAUUGUUCUUCGGAGGUGAGUAUCGCGCCGGUACUGAACCCAUCCGUGGUGGUGGAUCUGUUGAACAAAGCCCUCACACACCGGUGCACCGAUGGGUGGGUGACCCAAGAGAGUUAAACGGAGAAGACUUGGGUAACUUCUACUCAGCUGGUCGUGACACGUUGUUCUACUGUCACCAUUCGAACGUCGACAGAAUGUGGUCUUUAUGGAAGACGUUGGGAGGAAAACACAAAGAUCUCACCGAUUCCGAUUGGCUCAACACCUCAUUUGUGUUCUACGAUGAAAACAAAAACCUAGUUCGGGUCUACGUUAAAGACUGCUUGCUGACAAGCCGACUUGGAUACGACUACCAGAGAGUCGACGUGCCAUGGCUGAAUAGCAGGCCGGUGCCUCGUUCCCGAAAAUCUGGCAUAGCAAGGAGGUCAAUGGGAAGAGUUAAAAGGACAACCGACAUCAAUUUCCCGGUGAAACUCAACAAGACUGUAAGGGUUUUGGUCCCAAGGCCAAAGACGUCGAGGUCGCAGACGGAGAAGGAAAACGAACAAGAGGUUCUGGUGGUGCAAGGCAUCGAGUACGAUAGCCAGCAGUAUGUGAAGUUCGACGUGUAUGUGAACGACGAGGAUGACGACAACACCAGCCCAGCCCAGACUGAAUACGCCGGAAGUUUUGCUCAGCUGCCACACACACACAAGGGUAAGACGAAGAGCAAGACCAACUUCAGAGCCGGACUGACGGAGCUGUUGGAGGAUCUGGAGGCCGACGACGAUGACACUAUACUGGUGACCUUGAUUCCAAGGUCUGGGUGCGGGGAUAUCACCAUUGAUGGCAUCAAUAUUGUCUACGUUUGAUCAUGAGCAGAGGAUUUGGAUGAACGCCAUCGUCAUGCUAAUUACUUUCUUGUCAAGCAAUGUUGAGUUUGCAUGGUUUGAUCCUUAGUUAGUUACGUUAAUUAAGGAUUAUGUGUGUUGUUGGGAACCAAAAUAAACAUCGGGUCGGGUUUCCUGUAAUAAAUUUAGUGUUCAAUAAAAUGUAACCUUCCAAUCA